AUGAGACUAAAUACUUUAUUGAUUUUUUGGUGGGUGCUAUAUUACAUUUCUUAUGAAGCGCACACAUUGAAUAUUCUUGGAAUAUUUCCAUAUCCUGGUCAAAGUCAUUUCUUUGCCUUCAAACGUUAUCUGGAAGAGCUAGCGAUUCGUGGCCAUAAUGUGACUGUCAUAUCAUAUUUUCCUCGGGAACAAGUUCUGCAAAAUUACCAUGACAUAAGGUUAGUUGGCAACACGAAGGUUUCGGAGAAAAUUCUUCCACGUCAACGAUCGUAUUGGCAGUUGUUAACUACAAGCUUAUUACUUGCGUCAACCGGGACUGAAAGUUGUAGAGCCAUGCUAGGAGAUGUCAAAGUACAGAGUCUCUGGAAGUCAAAUGCUCAGUUUGAUAUAUCUAUUGUUGAACAAUUCAACAGCGACUGUUCUCUAGGACUAGCUCAUAAGUUAGGGGCUCCUGUGGUUGGUGUAAAUUCCCAUGCUCUUUUACCUUGGCACUAUAACAGGUUUGGCAUUUCCUACAACCCGGCUUACGUGCCAUUUCCUUUCCUUGAAUCUGGAUCAACCCUCACCUUCUAUCAAAGAAUAGAGAGAACGGUGUUUAAUGUAUAUUUUAGAUUUGUUUAUAAAUUUCUAUGCCAACGUGUCGAUCAGAAUACAUUGGCCACAUAUUUCGAUGAUGUCCCGCCUUUAGAAGAUUUGGCUACGGAAAUUAAACUGUUACUUUCAUACAGCAAUUUUAUUCUGAGUGGAUCAAAUUUGUGGCCAGCAAAUGUUAUUGAAGUUGGUGGACAUCAUGUUGAUACGCCAAGAGAAAUACCAAAAGACAUACUGAAGUUUAUAGAGGAGUCUGAACACGGAAUCAUUUACAUAAGUUUUGGAUCAAUGUUAAGGGCAGCAUCUGCUCCGGAGUAUAUAGUGUCUACUAUUAUAUCUGUUGUAUCUGAACUUCCACAACGUGUACUUUGGAAAUGGGAAAACGUGACUUUACCAGGCAAUCCCAAAAAUAUAAUGAUAUCAAGCUGGUUUCCACAAAAUGAUAUUUUAGCACACCCAAAAACUUUAGCUUUUUAUUCGCACUGUGGGGCGUUGAGUAUAACAGAAGCUAUCUACCACGCUGUGCCAAUUGUGGGAAUGCCUGUAUUUGGUGAUCAGGCAGUAAACGCUGGAUUCGUAGAAAAAAGUGGUCUUGGCGUUCAAGUUCACCUCAGUGAAUUGACUAAAGAAGUACUUUUAGAAAAAUUUAAUAUUGUUCUUGAUAAAGGAUUCAGAAGCCGUGUAAAACUGUUGUCCAGGGCAUGGCACGAUAGACAAACUUCACCUAUGGAUAGUGCAAUAUUCUGGACCGAAUUUGCUGCGCGGAAUAAGAACUUCACUAUCAGAAGUCCAGCAGUGAAUGUUCCCUUCUACCAAUUCUAUAAUAUAGACGUAUUAGCAUUUAUCAUAUUGUUUCUAUCACUUAGUGCUUUUAUUGUUGGAAACAUCUUCAUAUUUUUAUAUAGUAAAAAUUCUCUAUACGGUCAUGAUCUACAGACGAAAAAGAAUAAAUGA